AUGCGCCAACCCACCGUCGCUUUUUUGUUGGCAUUUUUCACGCUGCUUGUGUGUAGGGAGCACUUGAGAGAAUAUUUUUAUACUCUCAAUAGAGAGGCAUUGGGUGCCCGCAUCAAGCGGGUCGAUUCUACUACAUUGUAUACUAAUACCAGGGUGGAAAUUUGGGAAAUGUUACGCAAAAAAGUGCUCGGUAUUGGUGCGUCAUCUGCUACAAUCCUUGUGCAGGACACAGUGUCAAAUGGGGAGUUACGUGUGCUCAAACGAAUUAAUGUUUCUUCGUGGAAACCGUCAGAUGUGACGGAGACGCAUGAGACGUACAAGGCCCUUCUCAAUGCACAAGUUGUAUACAUGGCUAAAUUACACAUGGUGAUGCUGCAAGGGUCUUUUUUGAACACCGUCACCACGUACUAUGCCCGGGGUGACUUGGAGGCUUACAUAGAGGAUGGGUCUAGAAACCCGUUUGACGAGGCUACGACAGUGCGGUGGUUGCUGGUCAUUGCAAGGGUUGUAGAACAGGUCCAUCAGCUGAGGGGAGGUUGUUUUUAUGGUCUCUCCCUCGAUCGCAUCUUUUUUGCGGAUGAUGCGCUAGAGGUUCGUGUGGGGCUGCCAAUGCCACGUUUGCUGUAUUUUAAGUGGCUGUCGGACCGCGAGGCUCUCGGGGCGGCGGUGGAGCGCGAGUACCCCCCAGAGGCGGUGAAUGAGCAUAGGUACGAAGCAAAUGUGAGUGAUGUGUGGCACCUUGGCCUCGUUGGAAUGAAACUGCUUAGUGCACACACGAGUUAUUUUUCCCGCUCCACUAAGCUCCGCUCCAUCAUUACCUCCAUGAUGGAGCCAAGUGCGCAGCGGCGCCUUACGCUCGCUGAGGUGGUGUGGGAGCUGACGAAGUUGGUAGGCGGGGACAAUGUGCCGCAGUUGCCCGAGGCGCUUGUGGGCCCAACCUCACCUAGGCACUUUACCGCGGCAGUGUCGUGCGGCAUGACGGCCCAGGCCACGGCACCCUCAACUGAUAACUCCACCGCGGAUGAGGCAAACGAGAAAAACGGCAACAACUUUAGUUAUGAAUUACCCGCGCAAUGUGAAGUGCUGCGCACACCUAACACAACAGCACGUGGAGCGCGAGCGCGGUUACAUUCAAACUGGCACCGCCGUGCAAUGGAGCAGUUUGAGGAAUUACAACGUCUCAACGCAAGCUCCCCUGGUAGGUCCGGGGCUUGCUCCCCAACAUUGCGACGGAGUCGAUCACUCUCGUCAGGAGCAGGGACGCCCUGCCUACGGAGUUCAAGGAAUACGGCGGCAACACCCCCAGCUUCACGAAUGUUAAAAACACCCGCUCGUUUUACUGAACGGAACUCAAGGGACUCUUUUGACAAUGCAGCAACAAGAAGUAGAACUGCUACAGAUAUGGUUCAAAAUAUGUUAAGAGAGCAAGAGAAGGAGCAGCAACGACGAGAAGCUCUGCGGCAAGAACAAAAGGCAAGACGAUGGAAGCAGCAGGAAAAGGAUCGAGAGGCGCUGAAUGUUCAUCAGAACCAUCUGGAUAAUAUGAAAAAAAUUCGAUCUAAUUUAGACAAGGAGACGAAACAUGACAUCCGCAGGCACAUUAAGAACUGGAAGAAACAGCGUGCACUUUUACCCAAUGGAAAUGUUAUUGUUAAUAAAGAAGACGGCGUCGCCGUCUUUGCCCCAAAGCAUAGGCCACCACCUGCAUUGGAAGUCUCACUGACUAAAGACCAUGAGAAGGACCUGGCCGCAAUAACAACACUGGACUCAGAGAGGUCCAAAAGGAUAGUACCCAUCUCCACCUUUACAUCGUCGCGACGACCUGCAAGUGUUCCAGUGGGCUCACAUUUGUCGCCUCCUAGGGUGGUUCCAUCACGCUGCGCCGCCAUUUACCAUGAAUCGGGUGUUGGCCCACGUACUCCCAAGACGCGUGCCAUGUUAGUUUCCACGCCUCCCCCACUGAGCAGUGCUCUAACGUCAAAUGACGCUUUUUCUACCACGUCUCCAAAAACAACUAACCACGGGUCUUUAAUUUUUCCCACAGGGAAGGAACUGGUUGGCAGGUCACCCGUGUCGCUGAGCUCAGCGGACCUUUUUGAUUUUCCUUUGGCACAAAGAAGCAAUGAGGUUGUUCAGUACAGCCCGAGGAGCAAUGGACGAGCUAGGGAGGGUAGCUUACUUUCCUCCCUCGAUGCUUCUGUGACAAACCUUAAGAACUCACUCGCUAAGUUACUGGCAAAUCACGACAGGUAUGUAGAAGUCAUCGAUGUUGUGAAUGCCUUUGUAGUGCGGCCAGAAGCCGACCGCUGCAACCCAAACCUUAAUGUUGCUUUUAUGAACACCCUACGCAAUCUUCUAGACAAUGAACAACAAUUUCUCGCUGCAGCACCGCUAUGUGCACAAUUGAUGGCGUUGCAGGGCUUCUUGAAAAGACCUACUCUUGUAAAGAAGAGAGAUUCCCGUGCGAGUGAAAGCAGUGUGUGUCAUGAUGAGUGA